AUGCCAAAGUUCAGACAGUUGCGGAAGAGCAACGCACGAUUUGCAGCAGAGGUGGGCUGCCACCCCCAAGCGCUUGCCUUGAUGUCUUACGCCGGUUUUGAAGAAGAUGCUGAGGCGACGAUGAUCUUCAAAGGAGAUCCGACUCGUGAGCCCUUCAAGCGAGUUCAUGAGGCUCUGCAAGAAGCUGGGGAGACCUUGUCUCCCAAAGCCGCUGAGGCCACUAGCAGUAAGCCUGCUCGUGCUGCUCCUCAAGUUGCAAGUGGCGGCUAUCCUGCUCCAGCUUGCAGGAGAGAUGCCAGACGGCAGCACAUUGCAGCCCUCACUGAGAUGCGCCUCAAGGACCCGCGUGGCUUCCAAGAAGCACGGAGAAGCUCCCGCGGCAACCGUGGCGUGGGUGGUACGUUGGCAAGGCCAAGUACUGCCUCUCCAGCUGCCCCUUCCCGAAGAGCUCAGCACUUCACCCUGAGCGAUUUGGAGAAGAUGCGAGUGCAGGAGGAAAUUGCUGGGAUGCCCAGCUAUGCGGAUGAGUACCGGCUUUCGCAUCAGUCAGCACCAGCAACGAACUAUUCCACGCUGGUCGCACGGAGCUAUGACCCGGAACUCAUCGCCCGACAGGCGCUUGAUGGUACCAAUCGCUACCGUGCAUCAAAGGGACUUCCUCCACUGCGAUGGAACGACGGAAUUGCCCGGAUCGCCCGAGAUCAUGCUGAGCAAAUGGCCUCCGGUGCCGCUCCCUUCAGCCAUGAUGGAGUAGAUCAACGAUUUCGUGCAUAUCCAGUGGCACAUCAAUCUGCAGCAGAGAAUUUGGCACUCAACAAUGGCAUCGCCGAUGUUGCUGGAGCUGCUGUGAAUGGUUGGAUCAAUUCUCCGGGACAUGAAAGGAAUCUGAGCGGCCGUUUCAACCUUUGUGGCAUUGGUGCGGCUCGUGCAUCCAAUGGUACGUUUUACCUGACACAGCUCUUUGCAGCUACCUGA